AUGUGGGGGCGCACUAGACCUGGAUGGUGGGGUAGUGAUGAAAUUGAUAAUAACGGGGAUUUGCUGAUUAUCCUUAGCCAACAUCGCUGGUUUAGUUUGACAGGGCGCGUAAAUGGUCUCAAAAAGGUAACUUCAAUGCAGUGGCUGAAGGAGCAGAACGACAUACAGGGCCUAAUCACCGGCCUUACCACCGUUAUAGUAUAUUUAGCGGCUGCUCUGGUUACCAACAUCGAACAGUUUGGCAAAAUUCUCCUUUUAUGCCAACUAAUGGGUUCAGCCGGCCUUCUGGGUAUUACAAAUAAAACAUCUAGUGUGUUACGGAUGCAUGGAGGGCUAAAUGUUAAAUUCGAGGGAAGGAAGAGAUAUGAUAGGCGUCGCGACAUGGUGGAUGAAUUGAUCACCAGAGCAUGUCGAGAUGAUUGGGCUGUGAAGCUAGAUCGGAUUCCCCGGGAGGCAGCUAUCACAAGCGCGAGUAUUGUUUUUGAGACGUUGACAUGUACUACUACGCAAUGA